AUGGCGAUUUCAGAGUCAGAAGUCAUUGUUGGUUCUCACCAGGAGCCCAUGACAGCUCUAUCCCUCGAGAAGCCAGCCUUGGCGGAAACAGCCAUCGCUAUGGACGCCGAUGGCGACGUGGCAGGCAUUAACAGUCCUGACGAUAGAGGUAAGGAAGGGUCCUUUCACUCGGCGUUCCGAAAGGUUAACAUGGGAAAAGGAACCGUCCUCGCCGCCAAGAUCGUGGACCGGGAGAAACAGCUGGCCGCCAAUAUACGAAACAUCCUCAGAAACGUUGGAGAAGAUCCAAACAGAGAGGGUCUUCUCAGAACCCCCGAACGGUACGCUAGAGCCAUGCUCUUUUUUACCAAAGGCUACGACGAAUGUGCAUGGCAUAUCGCCAAGGACGCCAUCUUUAAUGUAGACCACAGUGAGAUGGUUCUGGUCCGCGAUAUCGAGGUAUUUAGCAUGUGCGAGCACCAUCUGAUCCCCUUCAUGGGGAAGGUCCAUAUUGCGUACAUGCCCAGCGGUCGUGUAUUGGGUUUGUCGAAGCUGGCUCGAAUUGCAGAGGUUUACGCGCGCAGACUGCAGGUCCAAGAACGUCUGACGCAGCAGAUUGCCCAGGCAGUCGAUGAUAUUCUGAAGCCCCAAGGGGUUGUCGUUGUAAUGGAAUCUGCCCAUAUGUGCAUGGUUAUGCGAGGCAUACAAAAAACCAGCUCCAUGACUACGACUGCCUGCAGGACCGGUAUUUUCAAGAAGAACAAAGAUGUUGAGGAACAAUUUCAGUUCCUUCUCAAACUGAGACAAAGUCCAUAG